GCCGUCAGUAGUGUUAUCUUCAACUGUGUCAUAUGCCGCAGAUUAAGAGGCAAGCAACAAGAGCAGAUCAUGUCAGAUCUACCAGAAGACAGAAUGUGUACAGACCCUCCUUUCACGUAUGUGGGCCUAGAUGUUUUUGGUCCGUGGCCUGUUACAGUCAGAAAGACACGAGGAGGUCAAGCAGAGGCCAAGAGAUGGGCAGUGAUCUUUACGUGUAUGAGCACUCGUGCCAUACAUAUCGAAGUGAUAGAAGCAAUGGACACUUCAUCUUUCAUUAAUGCUCUGCGCCGUUUCUUUGCCAUGCGAGGUGCUGUUAAACUACUCAGAUCCGACUGCGGCACAAACUUUGUGAGUGCAUGUAGAGAACUCCAAAUCGACAAGAAGGGUUGUCAUAAUGACAAAAUCAACUCGUACCUUGGAGACAGAAGCUGUGAGUGGCAAUUUAACCCUCCACAUGCAUCGCACAUGGCUGGAUCUUGGGAACGCAUGAUUGGCAUCAGUCGGCGGAUCCUUGACGUAAUGCUGCUGCAGCACGGAAAUACAAAGCUCACCCAUGAGGUGUUAGUGACAUUCAUGGCAGAGGUCACUGCAAUAGUCAACUCAAGGCCACUUACUACAGUUUCUGCUGACUCAGAGCAUCCUGAGAUUCUCACUCCUGCCAUGCUACUCACACAAAAGGUCGGUGUGCCCCCAGUUCCACCAGGUCAGUUCCACGAUCAGGACCUGUUUAGAGCGCAAUGGAGACGUGUACAGUAUCUGGCCAAUGUCUUCUGGGGACGAUGGAGGAGAGAGUACCUCAGCGGACUACAGGGUCGUCGCAAGUGGAGGGCACCAAAGCCCAAUCUUCAAAUUGGAGAUGUGGUUCUGCUCAAAGAGGGACAAGAAAACAGGAUUGACUGGCCACUAGGGCUAGUCACAAAAACCUUCCCCAGUCAAGAUGGCAGAGUAAGGAAGAUCGAAGUCAAGAUCAUCCGCAGUGGCGAAUGUAGAGUGUACCUGAGACCCAUCAGUGAAGUCGUCUUACUGGUACCUAAGAGCUAAGUCUGAAAGACUCUUAUUAUCCUUUGUAAUAGUGGGAUUCAGCUUUAGUUGGUGUGACGUCCUGCAGACGUCAGGCGGGGAGUAUUCUGUCCCUCCUGUUAUUUCUAAGGUAUGCUUUUAUAAGUUUGUUAUAUAGCAGGUCAUUAUCAUCCGUUCUGUAAUUAAUUGUAGUAACAUGUCAGAAAAAUAUGUUUAUUCCUGAUCUUGUCUGGUCAAAGCCUGCCAUCUAGUGGGUUUACAGGGUAGCGCCAUGUUUGAGCGCAAGCAGUGAUUUUUCUCCCAGCGCUCGACAGGGAAGGUCCAUUUCUCUGUGUCUCUGUAAAUUCCUGCAUCUGGCGCUCUUGAAAAGGCAUAAUCUUUUUACAAAUGAAAAAUAUGGAUCAGUAAAGCUCUGAAGAAUGCCACACGGUUUCCUGAGUGUUUACUGAAGCCAGUUAAUGUUUAGCUCUCUGCAUAAGCUGGAUAGGGACAUU